AUGGCGAGCACAACAAUGUUUCCACAUCUGUGCGAGGCAUGGCAGCCUCAAAAUCCUGUGCCCGAAGAGACCCUUCCGCAACACGAUGAGUUCUUGAUCGAAAUCUAUGCAAGUUUCGUGUAUGUAAGGAUGGGGAGUGAUGAUGCUGGCAGAAGCAAUAAUCCACACAUAAGCCCCACAACUUACAAGCCCUUCAGGCACAGCCGCGACCAUCUGGUACGAGAUGCAACAUCCUGGUCGACCAUCUCCAGCAUGCUCUCCCAGGUCAAUGUGCCAUACCAUGUUCAGCCGCUCAUGAUCAUGAAAAUCCACGAAGCAGCUCGGUCGAUCGCCAAUGCCUCAGUAAACAAGGGCUUGAGGACUCUACCAAUGGUUGUGUCCAUAAGGGUGGUUCAAGAAGUCACUGGAGAGACAUCGCCUGUUUCUGAGGAGCAGGCCGAAUGGAUGAGCACUCGUGCCAGCGGAUUGAGGGCCGCCAGCUGGUCAUCGAUCCAGGCUUUAGAGAAAGUCAAAGUCAGAGGGUCGGAGGAAAAAUGCGUGAUUUGUUUGGACCGUGUUAUGGUCGGGUCAGAAGCCGUUCAGAUGCCUUGUUUGCACAACUAUCAUGAAGAAUGCAUUGUGAAUUGGUUGCAGAGGAGUAAUCUCUGUCCAUUGUGCCGGUUUCCAAUGCCUAUGUGA